AUGAAGAAAGCCAACCAAAACCGUGGUACCACAAAUAUGUCUACGGAGAACCAGAAAUCUAAACCUAAAACCAAUAGCAAAACCGGGAAAAUCUCCAAAUAUUUCCAAAAUAACACUAUGGAUAUAAAUGAUGUUGACUCUCCCUAUAGAAAUUUAGUUUCCGACAUAAAACCACAACAAAAUGAUUCAAUUAGCGAUGAAAAUGACUUCAAAACUCCGAUAAUUACUAAAAAGUACGCACCACCAAAAAUAUUGAAGGAAAAAAAGAAAAAAAUCAAACAAACAAAAUUAACAACCAAAUUUGCAAGCAAUAAAAUUGAUAUUGAUGUUAACUUAGACCACUUGCAAAUGGCUAUAGCAUUAUCAAAAUCCUCCUAUGCAGAGGAAAACCCAGAAACACCCUUAGAGAACACAGAAGAUGAAAAAAUAUCAGUGAAAUUUGGAACUUUAAAAACAACCCUGGAAAAAUUUGGCUUUAAAAGCAACAAAAAUAUAAUGGGGGUCCAAAAUAAACGUUCAAAUGAGUUAACUUACAAAAAAAGAAAAGCCUCUAAAUUCAAAUAUAUAACUCCAACUUUAGUAUCUAGAACUACUGAAGACAGAGAAUCUAUAAUAACAUCAAAAAUAUCUCUAAUUUUGUCGCAAAAUAUAGCAAAUAAUCAAAAAAAGAUACAGAAAGAGUUUACAUUUAUGACAGAUAUAAAAAAACAAUCUAAGUGAAGAAUCUUUAUUGUUUAAGUUAAAUAAUAUCCCCAUAGAUAAACUAAAACAAGAUUUCUUCUACCCUGAAUCUCUAAAUAUUCCCAAAUCGCAAAUAAAAAGUGGUUAUUUAUUAAAAAAUUGGUCUAAAAUUCCUGGAAGGGACUUUUCACCAACCAGAUCUCCAAAUAUAUCAAUUAAAGAUACUGAUGAUUUAAGAGAUACUACUAGUAAUAAAUAUAGCACUGAUAUCAAAGAAAUAAAUGAUGAUAUAAAAGAAACCUCAACAAUUAAAGAUACAAAAUCUCUCAACAACAGAAGCAUAUCUCCAGAUUUAUUUGGUUCUGAUGACGAAAAUUUCGAUUAUAUCACUUCAAACACGUCAAAAUUAGAGAUGACGGAAAACAUCAAACCACCAAAAAUUAAAGAUAUAGUCGAAAUAAGUGUUGGCGACACAAGUGAUUUAGAUGUGGCCAAAAUAUUGGAAAAAUCUCAAGAAAUACUUGAAAGUAUCAGUUUUGAGAUUAAGGAUACUUUUGAAGAGAUUAAAGAUACUAAAUUUGAUAAUAAAAGUACUAAAAUGACUUUUGAUUCAGAAAUUGUAAAUAAAGAUAUUAAAGAUUCACAAAUUAAAGUUAUAGAUACAUAUGAUCUUACCUUAUCCUCUGAUGAUGAUGACAAUUUUGGAAUUAAAGGUACUUCAGACGAAAUUAAAGAUACCGACUCCAAAAUUGAAAUUCUGAAAGAUAUUGAAGAAAAAAUUAAAGAAACUGAUAGAGAAAUAAAAGAUAGCCAUAUCUAUAACCUAACACCAAAGAAAAAUAGUUUUUGUUUUGAUAUUAAAGAUACUGAAACAAAAAUUAAAGACAAUAAUUAUAUACAUACGAUCUCGUCUGACGAUGAAGAUCUUGAUUCUCACAUCUCACAAAAACAUGAUGAAUCUCUAAAUAAAACCAAAAAACUUCUAGAGAAAUCUUUAAAUCGUUCUAGUAUCUCUAAAUCAAGCGCUAGCACUUCAUCAAACAGCAUAAAUAUCAGUAAAGACUUAAAUUACUCAUCCCAAAGCGGCAUAACGCACUAUAACAGUUAUAGUGACAGAAAAAUAUCCCGCUACAGCUUUACUUAUGAAGAUGAUGAUGAACAAAAUAUGGAGAAAAUUAAAGAUAUUUGUACGCAAAGGAGUUAUGACAUUGUUAGAGAUGACUCCUUGGGUUACAAUUGCACCAAAUCCCUUAACGUUACGGAAUAUGUAACCCAGAUGUUAAAUGGCGAAAAAAAAAUUGAAACAGUCAGUGAUAGUGACGAUGUGGAGGAAAAUAGUCAGUGCAGCUCUCAAACUAGCUUCGUUUCAGAUGAAGAGUUAAAUUACUCUUGUCAUUAUGCUACACCGGUUGCUAGACGAAGUUUAGAGCAAAUGGAUUUUGUGGAUAAUUUUUGCGAUUAUGAACCAUCCUUAAGUCCUAAAAACAACAUUUCUCCAAAAGGUACAUUACUAGACAACGAAAAAAACAGGGCGGAAGAGAUUUUUAAUAAUACUUUGGAUAGCACCGCAGUGCUAAACAAAGUACUAGAUCUAGAACAAGAAAAAGUUGACAGUAACGUAAAAACGCCAUCAAACUAUAUAAUCAAAAAACGUGACAUCACGCCAAUGCCUUACUACGAUGAAAUGGACACACCAAAGAUCAAAAAAGAGUUGGAUAAGUUUGGUUUAAAACCUUUGAAGCGCCAAAGAGGCAUUAACUUACUCAAACAUAUAUAUGACAGCACACACCCCAUAGUAAAACACAAAUCAUUCGAAAUUGACCAGGAAUUACCCAUAUGCAAAAAAAGAAGACUGUCGGAGGCUAAAACUGGCUACACUGCAGUCAUUGGGGAGUGUCCAAACCUAUGCGAAAAUAUUGAUGAUCUAAUUUUUGAACGUAAAUUUCGCGCAAAAAUUCCCUCAUGUCGAAUACCCCUACAAAUAGUUUGGCAUAAUUUUUUACACAAUCAUCCAGAUAUAUUCGAAAAUAUUUUACUAUAUGAACCGUUGCAGUUGGAGGUUAUACACAAAAUGCUUAAGGAGCUGGGUUAUAAGUUCCACAUUGAUGAUUUAUUAUCUUUUUUGGAUAAAAAAUGCAUUACUAUUAGAACAGCGCAGGGAAAUCAACAAAAGAAAAAAUAA